CACAUCACAAACGGUUUUCUAAUAAUUUAUCCUAAAAAUGACUAAAUAUUAUUGGAUUAUAGCUCAACAUUCUGAGAAAGUUCUUGAAGUUGAAAAUGCUUCUAUUUUUCAAGGUGCUAAAAUCAUUCAAGCUUCUAAGAAAUUCGAUCAUGACCCCACCGUUGAUGCGCAACUCUGGUAUUUUAAUGGAGCAUUUAUUACCAACAAAAGAACUGGGUUCGUGUUCGAUGUUGCUGGAGCGAAAUAUGAAAAUCGUACACGAAUUAUUCAAUUCGUAAGAUAUGCCGAAUCUUGUGCCGCUCAAGAAUGGGAAUACAACUAUGAAGACAAAACUAUCAGUUUGAAACAUAAUCGAAAAUUUGUUCUUGAUGUUUUGGAUGCAAAAAAAGAUAACAAUGCCUCAAUAGUCCUGUUCGAAAAGCAUGGUCGCGAGAAUCAACAAUUCAUUUUGCAAAAGUGGGAUGAUGAUUCAAUGGUCAUUGAAAACGUAGCAACAAGCAUUAUUGACAAUUUUAAAUUUUUACCAAAAUUAUCACAAAAUUUCCUUGAAAUUUUAGAUGAUGAUGAAUAUUAUGAUGUUAAUAUUGAAGUUGGUAUUAACCCUCAUGUAAAAACAUAUCACGCUCAUAUGGUUAUUUUAAAUUACCGUUCUCCUUACCUACGAAGAAAGUUGUCUACUAAUAAAAAAAAUAAUGAUGGGACUUUGGCACGUAUUGAACUACCCAAUAUUUUACCAGAAAUUUUUGUGAUAAUUUUAAGGUAAAAUCUAAUUGAAUCAAUGUAUAAUUAAUUUAUUUUUAUCAUUAUAUUUUUAAUCUUAAAAUAUUGUAUUUUUUAUGUUUUAGAUACAUUUAUAGCGGAAAACUUACUUUAAA